UUUUCGCCGGCGAACCUCAGAGCAGUGGAAAGACUUUUUUAAGGGUUGCGGGGAGCACGUUAGCGGGGACCGAGACGGCAAACAGGGACUCUGGGGUGCGUCUUGGCGACGAGAGGCGGCCAUGCUGUGCUAUGUGACCAGGCCGGAUGCGGUGGUGAUGGAAGUAGAGGUGGAGGCCAAAGCCAAUGGCGAAGACUGCCUGAACCAGGUUUGCAGGCGACUGGGGAUUAUAGAAGUUGAUUACUUCGGACUUCAGUUUACGGGAAGCAAGGGAGAGAACUUGUGGCUGAAUUUGAGAAAUAGAAUAUCCCAACAGAUGGAUGGCUUGCCUCCUUACAGAUUGAAACUACGGGUCAAGUUCUUUGUGGAGCCACAUCUGAUCUUGCAGGAGCAGACAAGGCAUAUGUUUUUCCUGCAUAUAGAGGAGGACCUUCUGGCUGGUAAUCUACAGUGUUCUUCUGAACGUGCUGUUGAAUUAAGUGCUUUGCUUGCCCAGUUGAAGUUUGGUGAUUAUAAUCAGAAUACUGCCAAAUAUCACUACGAAGAGUUCUGUAUGAAAGAACUUACCUCUUCUACUUUGGACAGUAUUAUUGCAAAACAUAAGGAUCUUGACGGUCUCAGCCAAGUUUCAGCUGAAUAUCAGGUUUUACAGAUUGUAUCAACACUAGAGAACUAUGGAGUAGAAUGGCAUUCGGUUAGAGACAGUGAGGGGCAAAAACUUUUUAUUGGAGUUGGCCCUGAAGGUAUUUCCAGAUGUACAGAUGACUUCAGUCCCAUCAACAGGAUUGCAUAUUCAGUUGUUCAGAUGGCUACACAGUCUGGGAAGAAUGUAUACUUAACUGUCACUAAAGAAUCAGGAAACAGCAUUGUUCAUCUUUUCAAGAUGAUCAGCACCAGAGCAGCUAGUGGACUAUACAGAGCAAUAACAGAAACACAUGCAUUUUACAGGUGUGAUACUGUUACUAGCGCUGUCAUGAUGCAAUAUAGCCGAGACCUAAAGGGCCACUUAGCAUCCUUGUUCCUGACAGAAAAUAUUAAUCUUGGGAAAAAGUAUGUAUUUGACAUUAAGCGGACAUCUAAGGAAGCUUAUGAUCAUGCAAGACGAGCUCUUUACAAUGCUGGCAUUGUGGAUCUAGUUUCAAGUAAUGACCAAAGCCCCCCCAGUUCUCCUCUUAAAUCAUCAGAAAACAGUAUGAACUGUAACAACAAUUGUGAGGGACUCAACUGUCAGCAAAUGAAAGCUCUUCAGGAAAAACUACGGAAGUUUAAGGAGUCUCUGCUGUGUAUGGCAUGCUGCGAAGAAGAAAUAAAUUCAACAUUUUGUCCAUGUGGCCACACUGUGUGCUGUGAGACAUGUGCCAUACAGUUACAAGUGUGUCCAGUCUGCAGAUCUGAAAUAGAACAUGUGCAACAUGUAUAUUUGCCUACCCACACCAGCUUGCUUAAUUUGACUCUAAUAUGACCUCUGUGUUACUGUGUUACUUUAUUAACUAAUCCAUACUUCCAAAGUACUGCACUAAAGUUCCAACUCCACCGAUAAAAAAGAACUAUCACUUCUGCAUUUGCCAGCAAUUACUGGAAGGACCAUGACAAAACUGGGAAAGGGAGAAUAUGAACAAGCUCUUAUUAGAAUAAAUUUUAGAGGAUAUACUGUGAAUAAUUUGUAGACAAACUUGUGUUAUUUGAAACAGCAUUAUUAAUAAAUUAACAAUAUUCUGAGAGAAAAGAUGAAAAUUUAGUCUGCAGUAUCCAGCAGUAACUCAGUUUUAUGCAUUUUAUUAAAAUUGUUUUAAAAAUUACUUUAGCAUGAUCAUUCCCAAUUAUCUUUUAGAAAGACUAGUUUUUAAUGUGUACAUCUAUUGUAGUAUAAUUUCGUUUCUGCUUUUGAUUUACUGAAAUAAGAAACUUAUUUUUAAAUUUGUGCACUUAAGAAAUUAAGAUUGCAAAGCUUUAAGCAAAUAGCUGGGUUUAUUCAGCAUCUCUUGCAAUCAGAUUACUUGCAAAAUUUAUUAUCAAUUUUUGAGUCAAUCAGCCGCUUGUUGGGUACCUAAGAAAAUGUGGAUAAAACACUUAAAAUGUAACUUUGAUUUUCUAAAGGUUUUCUGUCCUUAGAAAACUCAGCUGUUGUUUCUGUUCAUAUGCCUUAUGUUUGGAGAAAUGUUCCUCAAAUUCUAUAAUCUUAGUGUUUCCUUAAAAUGCAGUUGUGUUAAAUUUCUUAAAACCAUCUGCCACAAUCCCUGUUUUCCCUAAGCAUUUUGGAUUUUGGUCAACUAGUGAAUGCCACAGAAUACUGAAAGCUAGAUGAUCAUGUGCAAUACUAGCUGAAAUGAAAGCUAGAAAAGUCACUUUACUGCGACUUUCUAAAUAUACUUUUCAUAUUGCCUUAAUGUAGCAGUAAUAUGUGUAUGCAUUUGUUUCUUUGCACAGACAUUUUGUCAAAUAUCAAAACUACUUUUUUAUAGCACAUUAGCAUAUAAAUCUUGUUCCCAGAAAGAUAUUUAUUUUUUCACUUUGUAAAAAUGUUUUGUUUCCACAUGAAGUAAGAGCUCCUCUAUGAUAGAAAACUUCUCUUUUUUAUAUAUUCAGGUUAAUAAAGGACUUUUAAAAUAG